AUGGCCGCACCUCAAGUCACAACCUCUACACAACAACCAGAGGAGCCCAUCACCAGCCCUGUCAAUCUGGAUGGCGUGGCCUACCUCUAUGGCCACCCACUACUAAACUCCAUGUCACCACCCCUUCACCAGACUGUAUACAGCUCCCUCGGACUUAACUGGACACAGAUCCCGCUAUCCAGCGUAACAGGCACAUCAGAAACCUACCCACCACCAUUCACACGAUCCCCACCGAUCGAAAAGUUCCUAGCCACAAUCCGCGCCAACCCCAAGUUCGUCGGAUCAUCCGUAACAAUGCCGCACAAGGUCGCCAUUAUGCCACACCUAGAUGACCUAACCGAACACGCAACCCAAGCAGGCGCUUGUAACACUAUCUUCUUGCGCAACGACCCAAUAACCGGCCAGCGCCAGCUAGUCGGCACAAACACCGACUGCGACGGUAUCCGCGAGGCAUUGACCCAGAACGCACCAGAUCCGUCACGCUUCCGCGGCCGGCCCGCUCUCAUCAUUGGCGGUGGUGGUACCGCCCGCACAGCGAUCUAUGUCAUGCGCCGCUGGCUCGGCUCAAGCCGUAUUUACGUUGUCAACCGUGACGCAAGCGAGGUCGCCGCCAUCAUUGCUGAGGACCGCCAGCGUAACCCAGACCCUAUUACCCAGGCUCCUAUCAUACAUGUGACUGACCCUGCCGAGGCCGCUAAGCUCGAAUCCCCAUCUGCUAUUGUCUCUGGUAUUCCCAACUACCCGCCCAAGACUGUUGAGGAGAUCAAAGCUCGUGCUGUCAUCCAGGCUUUCCUGGGCACUGCCGCUGAUGCGGCUAAGCAGGAGGGUGUCAUUCUUGAGAUGUGUUACCACCCCGUUCCUUGGACGGAGAUUGCUGAGCUGGCUUCGGUGGGUGGUUGGAAGGUUAUUCUGGGCUCAGAGGCUCUGGUCUGGCAGGGUCUUGAGCAGGCUCGUCUCUGGACUGGCGAGGAUAUUGUUGGUAAUCCUGCUUUAGUUGAGCAGGUGAAAGAACUUGUCAACGGGUCUGUGGCCAAGAGAGCAGCGGCCACUAGGUCUAACCUGUGA